AUGGCCAAUAACACCUCUUUUCCUUGUGCCAUCAUAUUAUUAUUCUGUGUUUCCAUCUUUCUUACCAACUCAUCGCACGCAAUGCAAUCGUUUAAUGUACAAAGAUAUGGAGCUAGAGGCGAUGGGAGAACAGACGCGACCAAACCAUUUUUGACGGCUUGGUCAUUAGCAUGCGGCUCACGGGCUCAAUCAAUGGUCUACAUUCCCCGUGGAACGUACUUGGUUGGAAACAUAGUCUUUUGGGGUCCUUGCAAGAACAUUAUAACUUUCAAAGUCGAUGGAACACUCGUGGCUCCCGCAAACUAUUGGAGUAUAGGUAAUUCCGGUUAUUGGAUUCUCUUUGCUAAAGUAAACCGGAUCUUGGUUUACGGUGGCACCAUUGAUGCUAAAGGAGCUGCUUAUUGGUCUUGUAGAAAGAAAGGUGGUUAUUGUCCUCAAGGUGCAAGGUCUUUAUCAUUCAGCUGGUGCAACAAUGUUCUAUUAAGUGGGUUAACGUCAUUUAAUAGCCAGAAUAUACACAUCACAGUUCAUCAUUCUUCUAAUGUUCGGAUUCAAAACAUAAGAAUAAGGGCUCCAAGUGGAAGUCCUAACACCGACGGCAUCAUAGUCCAGUCUUCUUCAGGAGUCACCAUAAGUGGUGCAACAAUAGGGACUGGUGAUGACUGCAUUGCUCUUAAUCAAGGAGCUAAGAAUGUUUGGAUCGAACGUGUGAGCUGUGGACCCGGACAUGGAAUCAGCAUUGGGAGUCUUGGGGACUACGCUAAUGAGGAAGGUGUGCAGAAUGUAACCGUCACGAGCUCUGUUUUCACCAAGACGCAAAAUGGAGUAAGAAUAAAGACUUGGGCUAAGCCGAGCACAGGGUUUGUAAGGAAUGUGGAAUUUCGAAAUUUGGUAAUGAGGAAUGUAGAAAAUCCAGUGAUCAUCGAUCAAAACUAUUGCCCUAAUAGAAACGGUUGCUCUCGUCAGGGCUCUGGAAUAAAGAUAAGUGGAGUGACUUAUGCAAACAUAAAAGGGACAUCAACAACACCCAUAUCAAUGAAAUUGGAUUGUAGUGGGAGCAAUCCAUGCACAGGGCUUAUGUUACGAAACAUUAAUCUUACUUACCUGAGAAGAUCGUCAGCUUCUUAUUGUAGGAAUGCGCAUGGACGAUCCUCUGGAGUUUUGGUUCCAAGGAAUUGUAUGUGA